CACUGAACACCAUCUUCUCUGUCGAAGCGCAUAACCCUAGUCUUACUAGCUUCAAGCUUUCGACAAAUACAAAGGAGAAAUUGAUGUUCGCAUUCUGACACUCAACGCCCUUGCUAGCUUUUAUAACUAGUCGCGUGAAGCUACAAUCACCUUUCGUCUUCAACAUCUGCUCCUGUGAAUAUACACGCUGCAUGCUAGAACAUGUCUUCUAAAGACGACAAGAAGGUUUCCAGGAUGCAGACAAAUCGUCUGCCAGCACCAGCUCUCUUCGUUGGCCCACCAUCACACAAUGCCUCCAACACAUCACUACAUGAGACCCGAACACCAGCAAAAACACCUCUAGUCCGCCAACGCUCCCUACUCUCUCCUGACCCCAAGCGUCCCCUCCCCCCAAACACCACCAGCGAUGGCGAUUAUCUCAGCCCCGUAUCGACAAACCCCUCAGCGCCCUUCCAACGGCGCCAGCGCCAACAAAGCCAAGCAGCUGACGCAGAAGCCUCGUCGCGCGCCGAAGCAAUAUGGGCCGAGAUGCAAAACACACUUGAGGAAGUCGAACUCAGCGCUAUAAAAGGCCCUGACAUGACUGUCUUCGGCUCCGAGCACUCGCGCGCCCUCGACGAGCUGCGCCGAGCCCAGAUCGAGCUCGCGAGAGCAUGGGCCCGCUCAGAAGACGACGAGCAGGCGCCCGAGCAGCAGAAGAAGAAGUCGCAAGAUACCAAGGCUACAGAGGUACAGGCGCAGAGUAUGGUGAGUGGUGCUGGUCCGGGGAAGGGGGAUAAGUUGUUUGAUCGGAUUAAGUUAGAGGAGGAGACGGAGAAGGAUAUCGAGCUUAGCCGGAAGAGGAGGGAGGAGAAUGAUCGUUAUUUUGAGAAGGUGAAUAAGGGGGUUCAGGAGGUAGUUGUUAGGUUGGAGGAGGUGGCCAAGGCGAUGAGGGGUGUUGAGAGUGAGAGUAAGGAGAUUUGGGGGCAUGGGAGUGAAGAGGGGGUGGAUUCGGAUAGUAUUACGACUGCGCAGAGUGUGACUUGAAAAUAUUUGGGGGGUGGAUAUUUUAUACUUCUUUUUUACAUAAAACGGUCUGCUAAUGCGAAUUGAGCAAGAUCUUCGCACGGCGAUUUACCAUAUCCCAUGGUGUGAGUCGUCAAGUCAUGAAUUAGAUAAAGCGCAGUACAGGAUAUUGGGUAGUGUAUAACACUAGGAUUGUUCAAGCGCCAGGGCCUUGUAAGAUUUGGCGAAAAAAGAAGAAUUGGGCAAGCUAGAAUGCCCACUGGAUAUGACACGUUCUAGGAGAUAGAGGGGU